UUCGCGGAUUGGCAGCGGGAACUGAUCAAAAUGGCGACCGGAUCGACUGUGUAUGAUCCAUGGUAUGCCUCAUUACUAGGAUUAGCAGAGACAUUUAGGACAUCAAACCCUCCAAAUAUUAGACUUUGUAUCCAUUGCCUUCAGUCCAUGUUCAACUUCAAACCGCCACCCAAAAUCGAAGCCAGAACACACCUUCAACUCGGUAAUAUUUUGUUAGCCCAUACAAAAAACACCGACUUGGCCAGAACGCAUUUAGAACAAGCAUGGACGCUGUCUGUUUCUAUGCCAGCGAGUGACGAUGUCAAGUUCGAAGCUGCAUGUGUAUUGGCACAGAUGUUCCAGGAUCAGAAUCAACUACAGCAUGCGAGACAGAUCCUGGUGAAAGCAGUCGAAAUAUCCCAACAGGCACCGUAUUGGCAUUGUAGACUUCUUUUUCAGCUGGCGCAAAUCCAUUCAAUAGAAAAGGAUUUUGUGACAGCAUGUCAGUUACUAUCAGCAGGUGCCGAGUUCUCAGCUACAGCUCAUUCAGAAUAUACAAAACUCCUUUUUGUUCUCAGCAAAGGCAUGCUGUACCUGAUAGACAAAAAGACAGCAGAUGUCCACACCACUCUUAGUACUGCCGGUCAAAUGAUAGAAACAUACAAUGGUCCGCCUGUUCAAAAAGAGUCACUAAAGGUUUUUUUCCUCGUCCUACAAGUGUGUCAUUAUCUCAUGGCUGGCCAGGUAAAGAGUGUGAAACCAGCCCUAAAAAAUCUUCAGCAAAUUAUACAGACCAUAACACAGUUACACACAGAUGAAGAACACACCUCCAGUAACCAAGUAGACAUGUUUCAUUGGCUCCCUAUUGAACACAUGUGUGUACUGGUAUACUUGGUGACAGUAAUGCACUCCAUGCAGGCAGGAUACAUGGACAAGGCACAAAAAUACACAGACAAAGCUCUUAUGCAAAUAGAAAAAUUAAAAAUGUUGGAUGCCCAUCCACUUUUGUCACAGUUCCAGCUGAUGCUGCUGGAGCACAUCAUUAUGUGUCGACUGAUAAUGGGCAACAAAACCAUGGCUAUCCAGGAAAUUUUCCAAGCAUGCCAUGUGUGUCAGCAGCAGCCUCGACUUUUUAGCACACACUCUGCACAGAUUCAUACACUGCUGGGAUUAUAUGCCAUGUCCAUGAACUGUAUGGAGGCUGCCGAGGCACAGUUCAAAACUGCCGUUAAGUUUUCAAAAGCAAUGGAGUUGGAAUCUUUUGUUCACCUCAAUUUAGCAAUAGUUUACCUGAGAACAAACCGACAAGGAGAACUGGUCAGCAUCCUUGAAAAACUUGAACCAGAGAAAUUGUCAACUCACUCCCAUAGUUUGAAAGCAUCCUCAUUUUAUGUGCGUGGUCUCCAGGCUUUCUUCCAAGCUCGGUACAGCGAGGCCAAGCGCUACCUCAGAGAAACUCUUAAAAUGGCAAAUGCCGAGGACCUGAACCGGCUGACAUCAUGUUCCCUGGUGCUGCUUGGGCAUAUAUUUCUGUCUCUAGGCAACAACACUGAAGCUCUAAAUAUGGUCACACCAGCCAUGCAGCUCGCAGGAAAGAUACCUGAUGUUCACGUCCAGCUUUGGGCGUCCUCCCUCCUCAAAGACUUGUACCGUCUCUGUGGAGACAAGGUCAAUGAGGCCGAAGGUUUUAAAAUGCACACCAGCUUUUCACAGUCCCUGUUAAAGGAUCACUUUCAGUCAUCACAACUCCCAGAACAUGGCUUAAUACAGUGGACUGAGGGGCCUUGUCCGUUCCAUCUAAACACGACGGUGGGCUCCAGUAACAUGCUGUGAACAUCAGGAAAGACAUGGAUAUUUGUAUGAUAUCAACCAUGAACUACGACACGUUGCAGUGUAAAACUCAACCAGGACUCGGGACACAAAGUUCAUUCAGGACCGAUGUGGCAGCUGCAUUAAGUUCAGUGAGGAGUGAAGACUGGUGACACAGCUGGGCGAAGUUUAUUCAGGUGAUGCAACUGCAUAACAUUAAACCUGGACGGACAAUACAGCUGCAUCAAACCAUGGAUAGCUCUGUAGCGUAGAGUUUAACCAAAUUUGACCGCUGUGCCGCAGCAAGUUAAACCAGGAUUGACAACACGGCUAUACUGAAGGAGGAUUUGUUUGUCGGGGUUCUCUUGAUCACCAAGACCGUUUACUUACUCAACAUGGCACUUUUCCAGUACAGAUUGUGUAUUGGGAAUGUUAAGCAGUAACAGUGCACUCUAUGUAGCCCUAUGUUGGAUGUGGUAGUACAAGUUUGUGUGCUUCAGAAACUCACAAAUGGUGAAUACUGUAUUAAAUACAGCAUUACCAUAGUAUUUUAAGACUGGUGUAUACUGGGUACAUGUAUCAAAUUCAAAUAGACUUUAACCAAGCUAGGCUCAUUCUGUUAAAUAGCUUUCAUAGGUCUUAAUAAAAAGUCUGAGGUUUCAAAGUUCAAAUCAGUUUUGAACAUUAUUUGAGAAAACACAAUGUAUCCUUCAAAAUUUCAUCGAGAUGGAGGAAAAUCCAGCUCUUUGUAAGAUUGAAAAUCUCAAGUUGUUGAUCACACAAAACUGAUGCCUUCGUGGAUAUUUUUUGGUGUUUUGGUCAAUUUUCAAAAUACAAUUAUGUAUUACUUAUAUUUUUAAAGGUUUUCCUUUUUUGGGGGUAAAUUUGUGUUAAGCAUCGAUCUCAAGUCAAGCUUUCAUGGGAACAGCAAUUUACACAUAACGUGUGAUACAAACUUAGCGUGAAAUACAAAUAAUUUUGUCGUUAUGAUUACGUACAGAAAAUUCAGGUUGUAUAAUUCAUUGUGGUGAAGUUUUAAACUAUCUACUGUAAAUUCACAGAUAAAUGACUAAGGUUGAAACCAAUUGAGAGAAAUGUUUUUCAUAAUUUCAUGGUACAUGUCAAUAAUUGUGAAAUUAUUUUAGAGUUCUAUGAACAUAUAGGCACAACAGAUUAUCAUUUGGCUACAUCCAGUUAGUUGAAAAGUUUGUGUAUGGAAAUCCUUCAAAGUUUGUGUAUGGACAUUUUUCAACAGUGACAACAUUUUAAAAGUGUAAAAUCCUGAUGUUUAAACAAAACUGUCCAGCCUAACAAUUUCUGUUUUUCUAGUACAUAUGUAUCUAGAUGGGUGUUUGACCUAAUCGUUUCGAGGUCAUUGUGAAAUAUAGACACAUCAUAUUCUGUCAAUAUAUGGGUAUUGAAGGAUGGAGGUGGGAAAAUGGCAGCAAAAGAUGUAGAUUUACUUUAUAAAGUGAAACAGUGGCAGAAAUGGAUCUAAAUGUAAUGUACAUUGGCAAACAGGACGGAGAGUUGUUAUUACAGAAACAGAAAGUCCUGUGGAGCGACACUGUAGGGGGAGAGAAAAAAAACAACAGAAAAACAAUAAAAAAUGUUGUUACAGAAAACCAUAUUGAACAAAUAAAACAAUAGAGUACAACCAAGUCUGGGCUUUUUGGUUCUCCACGUGUAUAUGAACUUUA